AGUACCAAGCAACAUCCACCGAGGAAAUCAACCAACUCAACCAACUAUCAUCAUGAACAAGUUCGUCAUCUUGGCUUUCAUUGCUCUGGCCGUCGGUGCCCUGGCUGACUACCCGAAACCAGCCUACCACCACGCUCCGGCUCCAGCUCAUCAUGCUCCAGCUCCAGCUCACUAUGGCCACCACCAUGCAGCUCCAGUGGUCCACACCUACCCGGUGCACGCUCCCCACGCCAAGUGCGGUGCCAACCUGCUCGUCGGAUGCGCUCCCAGUGUUGCUCAUGUCCCAUGUGUCCCAGUUAAGGAACACCACGGAUACGGACACGCUCCAGCUCACCACGGAUACCGUGCUCCGGAAUCCGACGCUUUCGACCAGUUCGAGGAAUAAGCGGUGGCUCCCCUCGACCACUUCACCCAUCAACUAAAGACUGAGCAGCAGCAGCAGUAGCAGUGAAAAAUACUCGAUCCGGCUAAGAUGCACUAAUUGACAACGAAAAACGGACAACGAUCAGGAUCCUGGUA